UCAAAUUUCUCUCUUAUCUUCCUCUAAAUUCUCUUAUCUUCUUCGUUUCAUCAGAUAAGGAACCGAUGAUUUAGUUCUUUAUACUCAGUUCCAUCGUUGUUUCAAGUAACACUUAAGAGAUUAUAGGAAGAUGAGUGGUUUCGAGCAUCUCAAACUCAAUAUACAUUACAGAGGAGAUUCAUUAAUCAAGGAUGAUGUGUUCGAUUAUGUUGGAGGGUCUGUCGAGAAAGACAUGUUGAUGGAUCCCGAUUUGAUGACAUGGUCCAUUUUUGAGGAUUUUUGUAAGAAGAAUGGAGUCUGUGGAGAAGUUGAACAAGUUUGGUACAAGCUUCCUCAUGAGGAGAAAGGAUCAGCCCGACUUAUAGAAGACGACAAAGAUGGUGGAAUCAGGGAGUUAUGUCGUGAAGAUUCUGUUGGUGGUGUAGUGGAUAUAUACAUCCACAAUGUCGUGUCUCUCCCUGCACCAUUUCCUCUCUCAAAUCCUGAUGAAGAUGGAAUAGAUGAUGAGAAAGUGAUAGAAGAUGAUGGUGAUGGAACAAAUGCUGCUGAAGGAGAUGUACAAGAUGAGGGAGAAGAUCCAAUAGAAGAGGGAAGGGAAGAUGAUGAUCCUCGUUUCAGAGCAUUUUUUGAAGAAAUUCAUGUGAAGCUGAAGACAUAG